AGUGUUUGGAUAUUCUCGUAAGACAUUUAUAUUGGGAAAAGAUGUUAGGCGACUUGCAAGCAUGAGGGAAGUAACUGGAACUUGCAUUGCUGUGUAUCAGAGGUACCUCUAUGAUAAGUUGAAGGCUUAUAAAAUGCUGGACAUGGUUGCGUUUGUUGACCCUUCACUUAUUGGUGCUGUGGGGUGUGGGAAUGGAACUGUCAAGGCCCAACACAUCAAAGAUAGGCUUGUAACUGCUAAACCAGGGUAGAUGUUCAUGCUACCAUAUAACUCAGGUGAUCAUUGGGUGUUGACACUUGUUGAUCCGGAGAAAGGAACUGCCUAUUUUAUGGACCCGCUGAAAAGACGCUUACCCACAGGAGAUUGGAUGUCUAUCGUGGAUACUGCUAUGCGUAUGUAUAUUUUUGAAAAGAAUAAGCAAAGUCGGAAUUCAGUCCAUUGGAAAAAUUUGGCUGGCAUUCCUCCCCAACCUAGCAACAAGGAGUGCGGGUACUUUAUCAUGCGAUACAUGAGAGAUAUCAUUGAGGAUAAAGACAUGUCAUUGUUUCCUUCCAAGUGGGAGAGGAGAGGCAGUAGCCAAUACACCCAGGCAGAUAUUGAUCAAGUACGAAAUGAGUGGGGGAAGUUUGUUGUCAACACAUAUGUGCACGAGUCAUGAAGUAGCACACUUGUUGCUGGUACAUUUUAGAUAAGGAAAGCAUCUUUUUUGUGCUUCUCUGCUGGUACAUUGUCAUGCACCAUGUGUGGCAUAUUUUGGAACAAUAUAUGUGUAUCAG